UUUUUGAAGCAGAAAUAGUUCAAUUGAUACAAUCUUUUCGACUUUCCUGUUUUGUUUUUGUUCAUGAUUUGUAUAUGAUGAUCGUUCAUGUUAUCUUCAGUUAUUUAUUAAAUCGAAUUAUAUCAACAGAUGGAUCCUAUAGAUUAGUGAUACCAUCUGUAGCUGAUUUAUUCAAUUUCGUUAAUCAGUUAUCAUAGAUUCGUAUGUUAUCUGUAUAGUUGCAUCUAUGGAUUAUGCUUAAUUUCAUCUGCAGAGCUGGUCUGGUUUUAUUAUAUUAUGUGUGGAUGGAAAUCAUACUUACUGAAAUUCUUCAUCAUGCUGAUUUUGUAUAUUUUUUCUUGAUUCAACAUCAAUUUCACGAGGUUUUUAAUACAGAACCGUUCUCUUGUUGGUAUUAAGUUUUUUUUUGUUUUUUUCUUUUCUUUUCUUUGUCUGUUCACUUUUCUCUAUUUUAUUCCAGUUUUCCAUGAUAUUUAGUUGAAUAAGCAAAACCUGUGAUGUUAUCUGCAACCAUUCACGAAUAUAAAUCAUUGACAUGUCUUUUCUUGCUAAUAACUCAAUAUGGGAAAGGAGAAGGUUCACAUCAACAUUGUUGUCAUUGGACAUGUUGACUCUGGGAAAUCAACCACCACCGGUCACUUGAUCUACAAGCUUGGAGGUAUUGACAAGCGUGUGAUUGAGAGGUUCGAGAAAGAGGCUGCUGAGAUGAACAAGAGGUCAUUCAAGUACGCAUGGGUUCUUGACAAGCUUAAGGCUGAACGUGAGCGUGGUAUUACUAUUGAUAUUGCCUUGUGGAAGUUUGAGACCACCAAGUACUACUGCACAGUUAUUGAUGCUCCUGGACAUCGUGAUUUUAUUAAGAACAUGAUUACUGGUACCUCUCAAGCCGAUUGUGCUGUACUUAUUAUUGACUCCACCACUGGAGGUUUUGAGGCUGGUAUAUCCAAGGAUGGCCAGACUCGUGAGCACGCCCUUCUUGCUUUCACACUUGGUGUCAAGCAGAUGAUCUGCUGCUGUAACAAGAUGGAUGCCACCACCCCCAAGUACUCGAAGGCUAGAUAUGAUGAAAUUGUGAAGGAGGUCUCAUCUUACUUGAAGAAGGUUGGGUACAACCCAGACAAAAUUGCCUUUGUUCCCAUCUCUGGAUUUGAGGGAGACAACAUGAUUGAGAGGUCCACCAACCUUGACUGGUACAAGGGACCAACUCUUCUUGAGGCUCUUGACAAUAUCUCUGAGCCAAAGAGGCCCUCAGACAAGCCCCUCCGACUCCCACUUCAGGAUGUUUACAAGAUUGGAGGUAUUGGAACUGUGCCAGUGGGACGUGUUGAAACUGGUUUCAUCAAGCCUGGAAUGGUUGUCACUUUUGGACCCACUGGGUUGACUACUGAAGUUAAGUCCGUGGAGAUGCACCACGAGGCUCUCCAAGAAGCUCUUCCAGGUGACAAUGUCGGGUUCAACGUUAAGAAUGUUGCUGUUAAGGAUCUCAAGCGUGGUUUCGUGGCUUCCAACUCCAAGGAUGACCCUGCCAGGGAAGCAGCCAACUUCACCUCCCAGGUCAUCAUCAUGAACCACCCCGGUCAAAUUGGUAAUGGUUAUGCCCCAGUCCUUGACUGUCACACUUCUCACAUUGCUGUUAAGUUUGCCGAAAUCCUCACCAAGAUCGAUAGGCGAUCUGGAAAGGAGCUUGAGAAGGAGCCUAAGUUCUUGAAGAAUGGUGAUGCUGGUAUUAUUAAGAUGCUUCCAACCAAGCCCAUGGUUGUGGAGACCUUCUCUCAGUACCCACCUCUUGGACGAUUCGCUGUGAGGGACAUGAGGCAGACAGUUGCUGUUGGUGUUAUUAAGGAAGUUGAGAAGAAAGACCCAUCAGGUGCCAAGGUCACCAAGUCUGCUGCCAAGAAGAAAUGAAGUGUGCGCUUGGGUAGAGGGGUGAGAGCAGUCGGAGGGAGGAACGGUCUUGUUUUCAUUAGUAGGGAUAUGUUUUUAUAUAAUCGUGUUUUGUGGUCUGCUUUGAUCUGUUGUCAUUGCAGUCUUCUCUCUUGUUUUGUCUUCAUUAUGUCAGGCAUUCAAUUGCAAACUUGGGUGCUUGACAGGCGGUGGCAAGAUGUUUAGGGUUUCAGUUCAAGUGUCUUUUAGAACAUAUUAUGGUUUGGGGCUUCUGAUUUUUCAGUUAAAUGUUUUGACUUCUUGUAUCCCUUUUUCCAUUCUAAUGAAACAGUUCUAUUAUCACCAAGUU